UGUAUCUGUGGAUUAGUUCAUUUGCAAUGUUCUCUGGAACUGCAUGUAAAUCAGCCUAAAAAAAAGUAUAAAACAAACGGCUGUUUCGGAUUUCAUGGUUAAGAGACACACCGACUAACAGGGCAACUUUGAGCCACUUUUGUUAACAGUCAUGAGUUCAGCUCUGUAUCUGAUCCUGCUUUUCUCAGCUCUAUGGACUUUCUCCUUCUGUGGGACUCGUCAGUUUCAUGUGGUGGUAGAUGCUAAGGCCUGGACCGACGCUCAGCAAUACUGCAGAGAGAAGUUCACUGACCUGGCCACCAUUGAGAGCCAAGAGGAAAUGAACGCUCUAAUAGCUGUUCUCAACGGAACAGCAGGCGACUUCUGGAUAGGAAUGAGCUACAACACUAAUUGGGCGUGGUCAGAUGGUAGUGCCAUCUCAUACAGUGACUGGAUGUCUGGAGAGCCAAACAACAUUGGGAUUGAAAACUGUGCAAAAUUCAGUAAUCAAUACGCAUUCAAAUGGAACAACAUACAAUGCUAUUUACUAUUGCAGUUCAUCUGCUAUAAACGUCUUCCACUCAUCCUGAUUAAAGAGCCGAAGACGUGGAGAGAAGCUCUGAGAUACUGCAGAGACAAUCAUGUGGAUCUGGUCUCUGUUCACACUGAGGAAAUUCAGCACUGGGUGGAAACAGCUGUUUAUUAUGCCUCCACUGCUAAUGUGUGGAUGGGUCUGCGUCACACCUGUGCUCAGAACUUCUGGUUCUGGCUGAGUGGAUCGACUAUGUGCUACCAGAACUGGGCUCCGGGGAACGGGACACGGGUGGAAGACUGCAGUGGAGGAGAAAGAUCAGGAGCGGUGCAGUCUGGAAGUAAGAAGUGGGUCAGUCUGCCAGAGAAUCAGAGACUCAACUUCAUCUGCACCACCUCUGAGGAGUACUAAGAAAAGAUUCAUGCACAGCACAAAUGAAACUGGAUGUUUUUCUUUUUGAGUUUUCUUUUUGAAGUGGUUCCUGUUUUUCCUGAAUUUCUAUGUAUUUUCUGUUAUUCUAACAUGAAAUAAUAUGUAACUCUUACCUUCUA